AUGGAUACAACACCUUUGAAACAUCUAAGAAUUCACUUGUCUCCAGAGACAUCUUCUCAAAGGAGAAGAAAUAUGCCCAUGGAUGCAAUCUUUCUUGACAGCAUUCCUUCAGGCACACUUACUCCUGUAAAGGAUUUGGUGAAAUAUAAGAACUCCUUUUUAAAAUUGAAUGACCAUAAUCAGUUCCUAGAAAUGACAACUUUGAACAGUAAACGUAUAUUUCAAUCUACUGUGUUUGCAGAGGCUACCAUUUCUAACAGUUUUCUUGAUAUCAGUGCUAUAAAGCCCAACAAGGAUGGAUUAAAAAAUAAAGCAAACUGUGAAUCACGAGGAAAAAUAUUUCAAGGAAUGAAAGAAAAAGUGCUGCGUGAGGAGCAAAAGCUGGCAGCCAGAAACAGUAGUUUGUUGGAACCACCACCAAGUGAAAGUAAAAUCUUCACUCCUAAUAGAGCUGAGAAGAGAAUACAGCAUACCUACCUUUGUGAAGAAAAGGAAAACAAGUCAUUCCAAUCAGAUAACAAUUCACUAAGAGUGCAAGAAGUUCCUGUAGAAUCAUCAGAUAAUAUUUUCCUUCCAGUCAAACAAAAGAUUCGACACCAGCAAGAAAAGAAAGCACCACUACACAAUUUAACUUACGAACUCCCUAUCCUGAACCAAGAACAAGAAAACUUUUCGGCUGCAGGAGUCUCAAACAAGGCAUUAACUAGAGCACAAUUGGCUAAAGAAGUUCUUCACUCCAAGGAGUAUAUAGUUGAAACCACUAAGUCCAAAAAGGACACGUUCAUUUUAGAAGGCAUUGAUUCUUCUUAUGAAAAAUCCCAAAAUACUAAUGUUGAGAGUCUCAGUAUUAAUUGUGUUCCUAUUAAAAGUGACACUCAAUUAGUGUUUGCUGGUAGUGAGAUGACAACAGAAGGGACUUCACAACAGGAAGUUAAGGAAGGAGAUGAAAAAACUUUGCCCAGAGAGACUGUCCUUCCAGGUUCCAUGAAAGAUACAUGUAAAAUUAUACUUGCAACUCCACGACUUCAUUUAACAAUACCUCGGAGGUCAAAAAGAAAUGUUUCAAAGAUUUCUCCUCCUAGUGUAUUUCAAAGUAUUACAAAUGAAGUUAGAAAAAAUAAGGUAAUCCAGCUACAGGAAUGGAUGAUUAAAAUCAUCAAUGAUAAUACUGCUAUAUGUGUAGAAGGAAAACUGAUAGACAUCACUAACAUAUAUUGGCACAGUAAUGUAAUUAUAGAACGGAUUAAGCACAACCAACUUAGGACUUUAUCAGGCAACAUUUAUAUAUUAAAAGGAAUGAUAGACCAGAUUUCCAUGAAAGAAGAAGGAUAUCCGAAUUAUCUCAUAAGGAAAUUUAUGUUUGGAUUUCCAGAAAAUUGGAAGGUGUACAUUGAUAAUUUUCUAGAACAAUUAAGGUCUGGUGAAAAGAACAGGGAAAAGGCCAGACAAAAACAGAAAACUGCAAGAUGUGUCCCUGACAUACAAAAAUCAGUGAAGAAUGAUGCAAGAGAGAACCAAACAGAUGUUCCGCAAAGGGCCAACACCACUUAUGACCUGGGUUGUGAUGACAUGGAACUGAAGAGUAAUAAACACAAUGGGUUGCCAAGAGCUACAGAAUUAAACAUUUUCCAUAGCAAUUGCCGAAAUGAACCACCAUUAAAGCUCCCAGAUGACCAUAUAAAUAAUACUAUUCAAAAUGGAGGAGGAUGUGACUUACCUAAUCAGGGAUUAAUUGGAAAAAAAGAAUAUAAAAAGUUUUCUUCAAAGAAGCUCAAUUGUGAAAGAAAGAAUGAAAAGAUAAUUGAAAGUCAGAAGCAAGAGAGAACUGAAGAAUCAGAUGUACCCAUUGAUAUUCUAACCUCAAGGGAACAGUUUUUCUCAGGUGAAGAAAGAAAAUACAUGUCUGUCAAUCAGAAGGAAGCUUAUAUUUUACUGACACCACUUAAAUCUAAAAAAGUAAUAGAGCAAACAUGCAUGAAGCAUCAUCUGUCCUCUGGCACCAUUAAAGCAGUAACAGAUUUUGCAGUGCGAAAGCAUCAGAGAGAAAGUGAAUCAGACUUAAAUGAAACUGUAGGUCUCAUCAAUAAGUCCACAGGGGCUUUAGAAAAUACAUUUGAGUAUAGUGUGGGUCAUAGAAGUAAAAACAAGGAAGACUGCAAUGAACGUGAUUUACUCACUGUCAACCAGAAAACAAAAAUACCUAGCUCUAAAAAGGAUCAAAUGGUCAUCUCUGACUUUAAGAAAAAUACCAGGUUCUUAUCAAAAUUGAAGAAAAUUGAAAGUCAAGUAACUAUGCCAUGUUACAAACAUCAGUCCUCAUCAGAUUUGUCAAGUGAAGAGAGUGAAACAGAAAAGGAAAUUCGAAGGAAAGCUGGGGUUGUUAAGAAAACCGGAGCAAGAAAUACCAGAGACACAGUGGUUCACCUGAGAAAAAGAACAAGAAACAUCACAAAGAAUAUCCCAGUGAUUUCAGAAUCUGAAACUGAAGGUGAAAAUGAAUUUCAUGUCAAACAAAAGAAAGCUAGAUCUUCUGCUAAAGAAAUUCUUCAGAAAUCUGAUGUUAGGAGUGAGUUUCCAAUUGUUGAGGUGAUGGGGUCUGGUAAGACUAACAGGCAUCCCUCAGAAUGUUUACCUGGCUUAAUUCAGGACAAGGAAUGGAAUGAGAAGGAAUUACAGAAACUUUAUUGUGCUUUUACAUCUCUUCCAAAGCACAAACCUGGUUUCUGGUCAGAUAUAGCUAUGGCUGUAAGUUCUCGAUCUGCUGAGGAAUGCCAGAGGAAAUACAUGGAAGAUCCCCAAGGAAAAAAAUCACAGAAACAUGUCGCUAAGAGAAAGCCAGCCAAUCCCAAAGACCAGAAUGACAGGAGAGGUAAUGCUGAUAAGAAGCAAACUAUUAAGAUAACUGCCAGAGUGGGAACUCUUAAAAGGAAGCGACAAAUGAGGGAUUUUCUGGAACAGUUGCCAAAAGAUGAUCAUGAUGAUUUUUUCAGUGCAACACCUUUGCAGAAGCAAAGAGUGCUGUUGCCAGCUUUUCAGGACAGUCAAGAUGAUGAUGAUAUUCUACCAAGUAUGGACAGAAAUCCAACAACUCCGUCAUCAGUUAUCUUUCCAUUGGCAAAAACUCCUCAAUGUCAGCAUGUCAGUCCUGGUAUGCUAGCCUCUAUAAAUAGGAAUGAUUGUGAUAAAUAUGUUUUUCGUAUGCAAAAAAAUCACAAAAGUAAUGGUGGCAUUGUCUGGGGCAAAAUCAAGAAAAACACAGUCGCAUCUGAUUUCUCAACUCCAACAUCAAGAAGGAAAACCCUGUUUAACAAAGAUUUAAGAGAAAACUCUGAUAUUGGAAAACUUUUCACUAAUGCUAUGGAAUCUUUAGAUGAAGAAGAGAAAGAUAAUUAUUUUUCAAACUCUGAUUCUGUGUAG